UCAACUGCUUCCACCUCCUAAAAAAUCCAAAUGAAAAUAUUGAAAUUGGGACGAAGAGUCAGAACCCUGGUCAUCAAACCAUUUAGAAAACGUCGCAAGCCCUCUGUACUCAUUCCUCCUCCUCCUCCUUCCCCAUCACCUCCUCCUCCUCCUUCCCCUUCACCUCCUCCUGAAACCACAACACCCACUAUGCCACCACCACCACCACCAAAGAAACCCUCUUUUCCUUUCCUCUUCCCUGAGGCCCAAUCAACUGUUCUUCCUGACCCAUCUCGUUUCUUCUCUCCAAACCUCCUCUCCUCACCUCUUCCCACAAAUUCAUUCUUCCAGAACUUCGUUCUCAAAAAUGGAGAUCAGCCUGAAUAUAUACACCCUUAUCUCAUCAAAUCAUCUUCCUCUGCCCUUUCCCUCUGCUACCCAUCUCGCUUCGUCAAUUCAGCUUAUAUCUAUCAAAUAUUCAAUCAAGAUCUCAUCAUAUCAGCUACCCAGAACACCGCUGAAGAUGCCCAUAACAAACACAUCAUCUCCUCUUUCAGUGAUCUUAGUGUCACCUUAGACCUCCCUGGUAAUCUUCGAUUCUUCCUUGUCCGUGGAAGCCCAUUCCUGACCUGCACCAUCAACAGCGCCACCCCUCUAUUUAUCUCAACGAUCCAAACUAUUCUCUCUCUCACACCCAACAGUUCCCUCACAAAGUACACCAUUAAUCUCAACAACAAUCAGACAUGGCUCUGCUACACUUCGUCGCCUAUCAAGUUGACUCAAAGCAGCACAUCUCUCCUUACUUCUGAUAAAUUCAGUGGAAUAAUCAGGUUUGCUACCCUGCCUAAUUCUGACUCACAAUAUGAAAUGAUCCUUGAUCGGUUCAGUGCUUCUUAUCCAACAUCGGGAGAAGUUGUGUUCACUCAGCCCUUCCGUUUGGAUUACAAAUGGGAAAAGAAGGGAUGGGGAGACCUGCUCAUGCUUGCCCAUCCUCUCCAUCUAAAGCUUUUGUCGGUUGAUGAUGGAAAUGUUGCUGUUUUGAAGGAAUUCAAAUACAGAAGCAUGGAUGGUGAGCUUGUUGGUGUUGUGGGGAACUCUUGGGUCUUGAAAUCUGACCCUGUUGCAGUAACUUGGCAUUCAGUUAAUGGGAUCAAUGAAGAAACCUUUCCCGAAAUUGUUUCUGCCCUCGGCAAAGAUGUUGAAGGUCUGUAUUCGUCUCCAAUAACGACUAAUUCGUCUUACUUCUAUGGAAAGGCAAUUGCACGAGCAGCUAGAUUGGCAUUGAUUGCAGAGGAGGUGUACUCUGACGAGGUGAUUCCAAAGAUUCGGAAGUUCUUGGGGGACUCGAUCGAGCCAUGGUUAGAUGAAACUUUCAAUGGGAAUGGGUUCUUGUACGAUCGCCAAUGGGGAGGAAUUAUUACUAAACAGGGAUCAACGGAUUCUGCAGCAGAUUUUGGAUUUGGGAUAUACAAUGAUCACCAUUACCAUCUGGGUUACUUUCUCUACGCGAUUGCAGUGCUUGCAAAGAUUGACCCAGCAUGGGGAAGGAAGUAUAAGUCUCAAGCGUAUUCACUGAUGGCUGAUUUUAUGACCCUGAGCAGGCGGUCAAUUUCAAAAUACACUCGUUUGAGGAAUUUCGAUCUCUGGAAAUUGCAUUCUUGGGCUGGAGGACUCACUGAAUUUGCAGAUGGAAGGAACCAGGAGAGCACAAGCGAGGCAGUGAAUGCUUACUAUUCAGCGGCACUGAUGGGACUGAGCUAUGGAGACACACAUCUGGUGGCAAUUGGCUCAACACUUGCAGCUAUGGAGAUUCAAUCGGCACAGACAUGGUGGCACAUAAGGGAAGAGGAAACCAUGUAUGAAGCAGAGUUCAGUAAGCAGAACAGAGUGAUGGGUGUGUUGUGGGCUAACAAGAGGGAUAGUGGCCUCUGGUUUGCUCCACCUGAUUGGAAGGAAUGUAGGCUUGGAAUUCAAGUGCUUCCAUUACUGCCCAUCACUGAGGUUUUGUUCUCUAAUGUUGGAUUUGUGAAAGAGUUAGUAAAAUGGACUUUGCCGGCCUUAGGGAGGGAUGGGGUUACAGAAGGGUGGAAGGGUUUCGUGUAUGCAUUGGAAGGGAUAUAUGACAAGUCUGAAGCUUUAGAGAAGAUAAGAAGCUUGAAUGGGUUUGAUGAUGGCAACUCGUUGUCCAAUUUGCUGUGGUGGAUACACAGCAGAGGUGAUUUGGAAGAGGAGGGAUUCCUGAAAGGAGGGGGGAAGUACUGCUGGUUUGGACACUUCUGUCACUGAAGAUACCUCUUUGCUGCCUCUUUGUUUUUUUUUUUCUACUGUACAUUUUGAAUA